AUGAUUCUCGUUCAGAUUUCCACGUCAAUGGUUGAGCCCUACAACUCAAUAUUGAUGACUCACACCACGCUAGAACAUUCAGAUUGUUCGUUUAUGGCCGACAAUGAGCUAUCUAUGAUAUCUGUCGGAGAAAGCUUGAUCUGGCCAGCACGCGCCCGUCCCACCAGGAAGGGAAAAGGGCCUACCUACACCAAUCUCAACCGCCUCAUCGCGCAAACUGUUUCUUCUAUCACUGCAUCGUUACGAUUUGAUGGAGCACUGAAUGUCGAUCUCACCGAGUUUCAAACAAACCUCGUGCCAUACCCGCGAAUCCAUUUUCCACUGAUCACAUACGCUCCACUCGUAGCUAUCGACAAUGCCCAUCACGAAUUAAACACUGUAGCUGACAUCACGAACGCCUGCUUCGAACCCGGUAGUCAAAUGGUGAAGUGUGAUCCAAGGCGAGGCAAAUACAUGGUGAGAGUUUUAUUGAUUCUGAAAGCAUUUCGAUGCCUAUUCUGUUGCACGGAAUAUAGCUGCGGUGCAAAGUGGGGUGACAUGUAA